ACACGGACACAUUUAUAGUAGGACACAAAUGGAAGAUCUCUGGAACGAAGGUGUGGAAGAUGUCAGGCCUGUCAGAAACACAGCGCGCUGGAUGUAACAAGAUACUAAACUCAAUGUCAAAAGGAGACUUACUCUCACUUAGUGACACAGUGACGAAUAAACUGAUAGUUGUGGAAAAUGUUGCAGAGGCCAGAGAAACGAUCCUGUCCUUCACUAAACAUGCUGAGGAGCUCCUGAAGAGGAAGAAGGUUAAUCGUGACCUCAUAUUCAAGUACCUGGCCAAAGAGGGUGUGGUGAUGCCCCCCAACAGCGAGAAACACCAGCUGGUGAAAAGGACCCUGGAGCUUUGGUCUUCGGGAAAGGCUGUGGUUGACGAAAGCAUUCCAGGACAGACGGAUGAGACCAGACAGAGGCCGACCACGGGGACAGUGUCCACAGAGGUGAAGGCUGAGGUGGGCUUUGACCCCCUGGUACUUGGCCAGCAGUUCUGCCAGUGGUUCUUCCAGUUAUUAAACAGUCACAACCCCUCGCUGGGCCAGCCGCCUCAGGACUGGGGACCGCAACACUUCUGGCCAGAUGUGAAGCUACGCCUCGUUUCCAGAGCUGACAACGAACAGAUGGAGGAUUUUCUGGGGGCUGAACUGGUUAGCCUCCGUCUCAUAGCCUUGACCAGGGAAGAGCACCUCAUCCUCAGUCCCAAUAUGCAGCCUCACGGCCUCAGGACGCUGGCCUCCCCCCAUGGCCUGGUUCUGGUGGCUGUAGCUGGGACCAUCCACAGACACAAAGCCUGUCUGGGCAUUUUUGAGCAAAUAUUUGGCCUCAUCCGCUCCCCAAUGGAAAACAACAGCUGGAAGAUCAAGUCUGUCAACCUGAAGAUCAGAGGGCAGGAUGCUCUGGGUGGGACAGAGACGGUAGCGCCUGCAUUGAGUUACAACUCAACUGAAUUGCAGCUUCUGUGCAGUUGAUAACACUCUUUCUUUUAUAUUAUUAACACACAGAAUGUUAGACUGAGUAUGCUCUUUUUACUUAUCUAUCUUGCCCACUGAGGUUUAUCCAGGCAGUUGUUUUCAGAGAUCAGGACCUGGCAACUUGUACUGGUCAAACCACUCUCCUCCCUUAUUUUUAGCAUGUCAAGAUGUACAGGUAGGUGUACAUCUAAACGUACUUUGCACUUCACUGAUGUAUCAUAAAGAUACAUCAAAGCUUGAAAAAAGGUCCUCUUUGUUUUUUUCUACUUUCCAGAAAAAUGGAAGUCUCAACUGCUUCUUGUUGUGGAAACGUUUUCCUUCAAAUAUACUUUACCUUGAUGCACAGUUUUGCUUAUGUGUCUUGUGCCUUCAAUAAGAUAAUAUGUAAAUACA